AUGGGGCAUGCAAGCCUGCCUCUUGUGUCACAGCCAGUUGAGAAAGAAAGCCUUCUUGUGGAAUCUGACGAUGAUGAUGACAACGAUGACACAGAAACUGAGGACCAAGACGUUGAAGGAGGAAGAACCGUUGAUCAGAACAAUGACAGGGGAAAGGGUCCACCUGUUAUUGGUGGAGAAAGUUCAAAAACAGAUGGUGAUGAAGGACCAGAUAUGGAUAAGAAGGCUAAUGAGUUCAUUGCUAAGUUUAUAAAGCAAAUAAGGCUUCAGAGAAUUGAGUCAAUCAAGAGGAGUACAAGGAGUGCAAGAAACUCUUCAAGAACUAGGAAACUAUUGUGGAGCAAUCGAGUGAGUCCUAAUGUUAUAUACUCCUUACAGCACAUGCAUAGUGACACAUCAACAUUAGCUGUUGGUAGAAUAGAUGAGUGGGAUCCUUGGGGUGUUCCAGAUGAUUACAGAUGUGAGGUGAUUGAGAAUGAUGCACCAGUUCCCAAGCAUGUUUCUCUCCCUAUAGAAUUUGACAAGACGCUAGAGGCACUUUGA